CCUACACACGCAUCGCUCCCCAUCGCGGUUUGAAGCUCGCCGACUGACACGUCCGAUUGCGGUCUUUUUCUCAGCUUGAAUCGGUCUCGCCCCGCGCGAUUAAGCAAGGCCUGAGACGCUCGUCUGGGACCUGAACCACGAUCCCGCCGUGCUAGCCCCUGAUUUCCGCUCGGCGAACGAAUCACCCAGUCGGCGGGACUUUCUUGGUCCUUCGGACUAGAACAAAGCAGCAGAAGAGGAGAGGGGCGACGGCGAGGAGGGUUUAAGAUAUGCCAAACCCUAUUCCUCCGCAGAAGAAUGCCUUCCUCCCGCCCUCUGCCAACUCUCCGUCCACCGCCUCUUCAUCGUCGUCGGCGAAGAUCUUCUCCAGGACCGGCUCGCUGUUCGUCUCCAGUCGCAGGAGAGCUGAAGCCAAGGACCAAGCCGUCGCUUCAGCCGGCUCCUCCAGUCUUUUGACGUCCCCGACUCAUACUCCCGCACCAGCAAGCAAUCCAGUCAAACCAGGCGCCGUUCUCGAGCACCCAACAAGUCCGGGCUCGGAUCCUGCUCCCCCUUCGGGCUCCAGCGACGACGCGUCCAAGAGCCCAGAGCAUAAUCGCAUCCCCAGCGACACGUCUCUGCCCCCGACGCUGAUCCCAACUCGAACCAGCUCCAAAUCCUCCAAGCGCGUUCACCGGCACUCGCAUUCUGCUACCCACGUCGACUUGGGCAAUCUCCGCCGUUCCAUCAGCCUGCGCUCCGUUUCCUCUCCACACAAGCACUCCUUCUACCACACACAUUCGCGUGUCUCGUCGAACACCUCCUCCGCCGCGACCGAGGCAACCUCCAGCGCACCAUCUUUACACACGCAACACUCCAAGCCACUUCUUCACAUUCCUGCGUUUGCAAAGAAGCAGAAGAGCGCGGACGCGCUAAACACGCUUUCUGGAUCUGAUACGAUAACUCCACUGGAACCCGCUCGCUCAAAUCACAUUAUGAACAUCUCUUCCGUACAAUAUAGGCCUGGGCAGCCGCCUACCGGACGAGCGCCGGGUGCUUCAAUAUCUUCGGUCAACACUUCAUACACACAGUCAAGUAAUGGUCUGGGUUCUACGAUGCAAGUGCCACCACCAGUCGCGGGGCUACAGACACCGCAAAUGGUGUAUCAGCAAAUCAUGGACACAGCUUCGAAGCGAAUAUCGACAUUGGACUAUCUACGGAAAGCCCAUGAGGGACGAGUAUACUGGUUUAACACUCUACUCUUCACCAAACCUGACCUUCUCAAAUUCUCUUACUUCCAACCAGCAAAGCUUGCCCGUAGGGCUACCAAUUAUCUCCUGCUUGGCUUCUCCCUGCCCACAAUCCUAGACCUCAACUCACAAACGCCCACGGAGUAUCUCAAAGCGCUCAAUGCGCUCUUAGUCGAAUUUGAGCAGUACCAACAGCUUCACCCGGCUGAUGGCACCGUAUCUUCCUCCCUCUCCCGCGCACGCGUGCCCCACAUGUUCAAGCGCAACGCCGGGAAAGGUCGUCGACAAUCCUCCACGACGGACUUCGGAUCGACUCUUGGGUCCACGCCGGAGGGCACAUCUAGCUUCCUGAACUCGGGCAGCUCAACAACGAGUGACAACUUGCUGCCGCAGGAAAAUUACCAGCACUUGCUCACGCCAAGCCUACCGUUCGACCCCGACUUCUUUGAGACGUUCGCGACGCUGUGCGACGUGCUUAUUGACUGCUACACAAAGGUCACACAACUGAUCAAAGGGCCGGAAAUGUGCACGGGCAACGUUGGCGAAUUGUUUGGGAAGGCAGAUGCGAGGGUACGAAAGGUGAUUGUGGCGGGAGUGGUACGCGAAUUUGAGGAGAGGUGUAGAGAAGGUGUUAAGAGCGAGAUUGCCGGUGUGGGAAAGGUGGUGCUGGGUGGUCUGAUGUAAUAAUAAUUAUGAACGAAUGUCAACGAGGAAAAGGCUUUGGGGAACGGUGGGACUCUGCAUUCUUGCACUGCGAGCUACGCGUGGCAUGCAUGUGUUAUUCUGGUGCGCGAGCUUGUAACCUGUAUAUUUAUCUUUGUGAUGGGGAUACCCGCGGCUCACUAGACAAGAGCUUGAUGUCUUUCUCAUGACGAAUCCGCUGCUACGCCUAAUGACGAAGGAGUCCGUCACUGAGAUAUCUAUAGAUGUAUAUGAC